ACACCUACCCACAGUUUGGGGUUCAGAUGGUUAACUUUAGGAAACAUGCUUCAAAUUCAACAGGACUGCUGCACUCAGCCAAAGAUGCAGCUGUAGAAUAACCACACUUUAUAAAGUUAAAUUGCACUUAUUAAUCUCAGUGAUCUCAGUGAUCAUUUUAGAUUAAACCUCAAAGAGACUUUGAUUGAACAAAGUCGGUCAGCCUGUUAGCUGAAAGUAAUCAAUUCUGACCUCAGUUUCCACAAAAAGAAAAACUUGAAACCAUGAAUUGGUCUACAUGAAAACCUUAAUUACCUAUUUUACCAAUUUAACAAAUGUGAGCAUUAAACGGUGAAGUUAAGGUGUGUUUAGGGCAUUAGAUUACUACAGCAAAUGAAGAGGAUUAUGGUGAAAAAAGGGUAGUUGGUGAUUAGCGAAUGAUCUAAAGUUCUGGAUCAGUGGUUUGGGUUCAUGAUCAAUAUGCAUAUCAAUAAACAGAAUUGACUUCUGUUAUGAAGUUAUUGCAGCAUCAACCCGAUCUGGAGCAGAAGGAGGUUGGUUUGAUUAGAGCCUCCUUCGGCUGGAACAGCUGUGGUUGAGCCGGAAACUUCUUCAUGAAGGGUUAGCAUGGUUCCUCCUCGCAGUCUGGAGAACCUGCGAGGAGGAACCGACAUCAUCCGAUUGGUGGACACAGUCAAAGACCCGGUGUCCAGAAUUCCAGCGCUGGUCUUUGAAUGCAUCAAUAACACAGACUUCAAGGAGUUGUACCAGAAGUUGACAGAUUAUGAUAUCCGUUUCUACAUGUAUGAACUACUGAAGGCUCUGGACUACUGUCACAGUAUGGGAAUCAUGCACCGUGACGUCAAACCCCACAAUGUGAUGAUUGACCACCAGUUGAGAAAGCUACGCCUUAUAGACUGGGGCCUGGCAGAGUUCUACCAUCCAUCGCAGGAGUACAAUGUCAGAGUGGCCUCCAGAUACUUCAAAGGUCCAGAACUGCUGGUGGAUUACCAGAUGUACGACUACAGUCUAGACAUGUGGAGUCUGGGCUGCAUGUUGGCCAGUAUGAUCUCUUAGACACUGAGUUUCUCCCAGAGUUUCAUGAUAAACCUAGAGCCAUAGAUACUAGAUGGCUUCACGGUUACAUAGGUGUUCAGUUUUUACUUUUUCACCCUGCAGCUUGACCACGAUCGCAGUUUGAGUUUUACUUCAACUUUUUUUGUAAAGUUUUCUCCCCUUCGCCCCACACCAGAGCUCCUCGGC